AUGAUUGGCUUGGUACCUGGGGAGUCUCACCCUGUUUGCAGCAGUGUUUGCGACUUCAAUGUUUUGGACCUGAAGAAGAGAACUUAUUCAUAUAUCCUACUCUUCUCACUCAAAAUAAGGGAAUCUUAUACCAUUUGGUUUGCAUCACAGACUGCCUCAGGUAUACCCAUACCCCACACGGCAAGUCGUCAUAUCUCCCUAUCAGUGGAACUUCAAGAUUGUCCAUCUCACAGUUCCCUAAGCCCUCUGCCUCUUUGUGACUUUCUCACCAUGAGAAUUCGAGUGCGCGGGCCUUUAGGUCAGUCAACUGUUACCUUGGACGACACCGCAACUAUCAAAGAUCUUCAAACCCAAAUUGCGGAGAAGAGCGGCCUUGCUACAUUUGACGUCAAAUAUGGAUACCCUCUCAAACCCCUCGAGCUUGACAGUUUCCAACCAGACCAAAGGAUAUUAGAAACUGGGAUAAAUCUAAAUGGAGAGUCACUCAUCGUUGCACAGAAAGAAGGGGCCAUCCGGGGCGUGAACGACGAUGCGCCAACAGCCCGAAUACCGCCAUCACGACCAUCACGACCAUCACAGCCAUCGCGGCAAUCGCAGCCAUCAAUGUCGCAAAGACCACAUGAGAUCACAGCCGAAGACCCGCCAGAAAUCGCCUCCCCAGAACAUGCUGGAACGUUCGUUCUGCGGGUGAUGCCCGACGACAACUCGUGCCUUUUCCGAGCAGUUGGCGCUGCAGUCAUGGGCGAUAUGGACACGAUGGUUGAGCUGCGAUCUAUCGUCGCAGGAGCUAUUCAAUCAAACCCGUCAGAAUAUACAGCAGCAAUUUUGGGCAAAAAACCGGACGAAUACUGUGCCUGGAUUCAGAACGAGGACUCGUGGGGUGGCGCUAUUGAGCUCAAGAUUCUCAGCGAAUACUUCAAUAUUGAGAUAUGCUCCAUCGAUGUACAGACUCUGAACAUGUUCCAGUUUAAUGAAGGAGCACCGACGCGGUGUAUUGUCGUGUACUCGGGUAUUCACUACGAUGUCCUUGCCCUGUCCCCAUCCCGACCGCCCUAUACCCGUGCCAACCCACUGGCGCAUGACGACACAAAGAUCUUUGAGGCUGUUGAUCCGGUUGUUCUGCAAAAGGCCAAAGAAUUGUGUCGGGUGUUGCAAGGCAAGCACUACUACACGGACACUUCUGGGUUUACUGUUCGCUGCAACAUUUGCGGGGGCACAUUUACUGGAGAGAGGGGUGCUACGAAGCAUGCCGCGGAGACCGGGCAUUAUGAUUUUGGAGAGGCCAGUUAG